AGCGCCGUGCAGCCAGCGACAACGCCAUCUGUUCUGCUCUGCUUCCGUGAAACCCGAGCCCAGUUUCAAGAUGGUGACCAAGAGGAUCCGCUCGGAGUACAUGAAGAAAUUCAAAGACCCCAAAUGGGAGACCUACACUAAGUGUUACGAGGAGAUGCUGAAGUACAGGCUGACCCGCAGACUGCUGGAGCACACACACAACCCCUGGUUCUGGGGUGGCCAGGACAGUGAUUCAGACUCCGGAGGGAGAAGCCCCAUUCCUCCCAGUAAGAACCAGGUCCGAGCUGAGACCAGUAGAGACAGGACGCAGGCUGAGCUGGAGGAGUGUGAGGGGGCGAGGGUGGAGAGAGAGCAGGAGCAGCAGAGCAGAGCCACGGGGUCUGUACCCAGGCUUCCCCUUCAACAGGAGGAGGAGGACAAUGUGUCUGCAGUCCAUGGGUCACAGCUUGAAGGUGGCAGAGACACAGGAGUACCAGAGGAGAACAGAGAGCAGCAGACCUCCAGGGAACAAGACAAAGAGAGAGACACUGCAGAACCCCGACCACAGCAGAGUAAACCCCCAAAAUCCUCAAAGCAAACAUGGCGCUCCCAGCGGGUCAAGCCUGCACCAACACGGCAGCCCAGGGACGACAGUAAGGAGAGCAGACAUCCUUUCGCUCUGUAUGGUUCAGGAGAGAAAGAUGCAGACAUGGCGAGCAGGAAGACGCACAAUGUUGGCCCUGUGGCUUCGACCACUGAGAUCCACGAGUCGGCUCUUCGUGCCAAGACCAGGCGUGAGGUGGAGCGUCAGAUCCAGGUCCAGAGAACAGAGCGACGGAGAGCCAAGUCUGCCGAUGUAAACAAGGCCAGAAAACUGGUGCAACCAGAAUUCAACCCCUGGCUCACUGAGUACAUGCGCUGCUUCUCUGCUCGCUCCCGAUAAGAAACACACGCAAACACACUCGGCAGAUAUUCUUACUCGUACAUCAGGGUGAUUCCAGACAAAAAUACAAAAUAAAGCCAUUAUUGCCUACCACCCCUUGAGCUUAAAUACCCAUAAAUGUAGAAUAGAGCAUGGGGUGGAUUGAUUCAUUAAAAGGCUUGAGAAUGUGCAUCACUCUCACAUUCAGGAUAUUAACUUACAAAACUUUGAAAUUCACUGUGUGGCUUAUUCUCCCAGAUGUGUACUAUCAUGUUUUUAUAUAGAUGUUUAAAUACAUUUUAAUAUACUGUACAAGAAGAACCAUUUUACAGGGUAUACACGACUCUUGAAAGAAAAGAUUUGAAAGUAAAUGUAUAAUUAACAGAUUCAUCUACUGUAUACUGAUAUUUUGAUUAGAAUGAAGAGUCUUAAAUGCAUUUUACAGCCAUACUUUGAUGCAGUCCCUUUAAACACAGCUAUAUAUAAUGUAUACAUUAUACAGGGAUUAAACCACAGUGGACUCACACAGAAGCACAGAUUCUGCCACAUUCCUAAAAACAGUUCUGGCAUCAAAUGUGAGAUCACAAACAUGAAGAAUGUACAUACUCUUAUUGUAUACACACAAAACCAAACACAGUCGAAUUGUUUGUAUUCCAAAAAGUUGUGCUAAGCACAGCAAGAUGGCUUAAUCAACUAAACCUUUUUUCUAACAUGUAUGCAGCUUUCGAUGUGGAUAAGCAUUUUUUUUAUUUGUGCUAAAUAUAAUGAAUUGAUUGAAUCACAGAAAUCUGUUUUAAGAGUUGUGCAGCUUUUGAUUUUCAGAUCUUUUAGCGCUGUGAUGUCGCUUGUUGUGGUGCAACUGACUUCAUUUGGAUGAAUAGUAACUCACAAUCUACUCACAGUCAAAUUCAAACUUUGCACAAUCACAGUUGUACAAUGCAGCACAUUUACUCAUUAGCAUUUUACUAUUAUACAUGUUAGUGACAGGCGAGUGUUACUGGAGGGCUCGGAUGAAUGGUCAGACACCAGCUGGUGGUUAACAGGGGUUUAUCUCAACAUCAGAGUACUUCAAGUUAAAUUAAUUAGCUGUACGUGCUGGUACCAGUAAGUCCGUCUGCAAAGCACAUCUUUCUGCAUGCACAGCUUUCUGCUCCUUGUCAUCUUCCUGCCUGGCACCUGACUCUGCCUGCUUAUGUCAGUAGUGUAUCAGACCCAGCUUCACGCUGGUACUUAAAGAGAAACAUUUCUGAUUUUUUAAAGCUGUGUUAUGGCAGUGCGUGACGGUGAAUGGUGUUGGAAGACUAAACUCUGUUCAUUUAUUGCAGCCCGCCAGCUGAUUACAGCUGAUCUGCUUACAUACCCCCACCGCUGAACUGAGGCUGAGGUAACAUGUGGCUGACAGCCAACUGCCUCCCUACCUUGAGGAGGUUUAGAUGGUAACCGAGUAAUUUAGUGAUGGAAGUAGAGAACAAUACGCGUACUUAAUGUUCUGGUGCAAAUAUCACAGCUGAGCUCUUCUAUUUUAUGGGUACUGCCAGUGUUCCUCCAAGGUCCAGUACAUAUUGAGACUAUUUUUUACUAGCACUAAGACCCCUUGUUGUGUUGUGCCAAACAACAACUCUAAAGGGAAAAACCUCAUGGAGAUCAAAGGAACCUCCCACACCGCCAACAACAGGGGACCCAGCCAUUUUUCCCAAUUUUGACUAUCCUUAGGCACAAAUGUCCAAAUCGCACGUUAUUAAGACACGUCAUUCAUAGUACUCAGAGCUGCGUCGACUUUCCUGUGAGCAUCCGCUCUCCACCCGCAGCUGAUACCCAACCACGCCCACACUGCCACAGUGUCAGUAACCUGAAAUAGUUUUAUAACAACAUUUGUAUUUGUUCUUUGGUUGUGUUAAUGGGUGUGUACGGUUAUAAACUGACCUGGUGCUGUUGCAGUAUGAAAAUAGAUGCGUGCAACUUUCAAAGCCAUUGGAUGAUGGUGAAUAGCGUGUUUCUGUGGUACUUGGGAUACUGCAGUGUGUCUAUUAUACAGUCACUGGUCAUGGGACUCUUUCAACCAGUAAAAUGUAAAACAACCUACUGCUUAUUUAGUUUUGUUUCAAAGUAUAACAAUCAAAUGUUGAGGCCAAAUUUCUUUAUCAUUACUGUUACUAAAUAUGCUUUAGAAUCAAAAGUAGAGACAUUACAACAAAGGACAUUUAGCUAAUGUCUAAAAACACAAGUACAUAGAGCUGAUUUACUGCUUACUGCUUAAAGCCGCAUACGCUCUAAAGCUGGACCAAAUCAAGCAGCACUUUGAUAAUCUGUUGUGUGAAAUAUUAUUUGUACAGAAUACCUUGCUACCUUUUAAGGUUUCCAUGUAAGUUGUUCAUUUUUUUGAAUCUCUGUAUAUAAGUUUGUACGUGAGUAUUUGUAUGUUUAAAACAUCAGAUAGUUAUUUGUACUUAGAAAAGAAGACAAAAAUAGACUUUGAAUCCUUCAAAACCACAAGAAAUCAGAUCCCAGUAUCCAUGACAAAAUCAGCUCUGUGCCAUUAAAAACUGGAGAAAUGUCCUUUUCUCCUUUGCAAACUUAAGUUAUUGAUGUUAUUGUUGUGAAUAUUGGGCAGAAAAAAGGGGAGGCCUGCGCUUUACAUGUGGACAUUUCACAUUUUCUCUAAAUCUUUAUUUUGUUCUUGAAAGUCUGAGUUCAGUAUUACAUUACUUGCAAUUUAUUUAGUGUUUCAGUGUUUUUAAGUUGAAUUAUAAUAAAGGUCAGACAAACAAUGUGAAAUUUUGUGCAAUACUUAAAUAAUUAAAUUUGAGCCAGUUUGGGUGUUUUAGAUUUGAUGAAACUUGACAGUCCAACAUGAACAUGAUAGGUUAUUCCUAUUAUUAUUAAAUUAUUAAUUUAUGUCUUUCUUCAUUUGUCACUGAGACCAAAAUUUAUAGGUAAGAUCCUCUUGAUACAGUACUUUGACACAUGGUUUUCUGGGUUUAAUAGUUUAUGUAUAGCAGUGAAUAUUCCUUUACAAAAGGACAGUGUCACCUCACAUAAUCAUUCCACUCAAGAAAUUAAAUCAGUCAUGAUGAAAAAGAAAUAGAGAUUAUGACCAAUUAGCAACAGGAAAAGUGAAGUUCUAACCACUGGCAAACUCCACAGUGGAGAUUCAGAAGUGCAAAAUAUCCAAUACAAUUUCAUUAAUAUAAUUGUAGGAUGACACAAGGGUUGAAAUUACAAAAUACUGUAAAAUUUCAUGAUAUUUUAUUAUGUUUACAUUUUAGGCUUUUACCUUACGGUGUACAUAUUUUAUAUGGUUCAGAGGAAAUGACUGUUGAGGUUAAAUGGUGUUCGUGCAAAGCUUUUAAUAAAUCACUUUUCCACCCGUC